AUGAAAUUGGAAAUGGAUAGUGCCAAUAAGGCUCCCGACCAACGGCAAAUCGUGGGUUUCGCUACUUCGUUUGUUCGUUUCGAGGAAGGUGGAGUGACUAAUAUGAGUUUUUUACCCCAGAACGAUGUACAAAUGAAUGAGAACGUAUCGAAUAAUGCACAGCAAGAUUCGCUGCCCGAGACUAUUCGAUCAAUUUUGGCAAAGGACAAAGGCAAAUUUCAAAAGGUUCUCACUCGCAAACUUGACCUACAAAUAGUUCUUGAUGCUCCUGAAUUGAACCACAUGAAUCGAAUUUUAACAAAACAUUUUUUUGAGGAUCGCAUUUUGAAUGAGAAGAGAUAUCCUACCUGGCAGGAUAAGCAAGAUUUGGCAAUUCGAAUUCUGGAAGAAUUUCCCCAUCUAGAAAGAACUCGUUUAAGCCAGGAAGCUCCGAAAGAAUCGUAUUUCUUCUGGAGAUUUGGCGGCAGUGGAUUUGGGCGCCAUUCGGGUAUAAUUGAAACACGUGUCGGUAAUAUGCAAAAGGAUAUACCUGCUGAAGAGAGACAAUUCAGAAGAAAGAAGCCCGAAAUGAAAAUUCUACCACCAGUAUCUAUGUAUGAAAACGCAGCUUGCUUGGCUACACUUACUCCGGUUCCCCAAAAUGGAAGGUAUAUCUCGGAAGGAAUGGCCAAUUGUACCGAGCUACACAAAUCCUUGCUUCAGCAGAAGAGCCCAGACAAAUACAAAGCCAUUAUCGCAUCUUUUCCACAUCUGCUCUCCUUCGAAGGAAUCAUGAUACAACAAGCUUUUGACCGACUUCAACCACAAUACAACAAGCAAGCAGAUUUGGCCAAACUCCUGUGCUUUGGAUUGAUGCUUGAUAUUAAAUGGAGCGAAGUUCAAAGCAAGUACAUUAAAGGAGCACUGAGAAUUAUGAAAACGCUUACCAACCGUGGAAUAAAACGUACGACUGAUGAUGAUACAGUAUCAAUCGAAGAGGUUUUGGCUGGGCCUUUCAUCAAAUGGGUAUACCCUAGAUGCCGGCGCAUUAAUGUAUCCCAGCCAAGAAUUGUGUUUCUCUGUGCUAAGGAUUGA